AUGCUGUCGUCGCGCUCCGCGGCCAAGCAAUCACAUGCCACCGAGUCCCUCAUGGGCGAGGACGUCGCCACGGGCGGAGGUGCUGCUGCAAAGCUACGCGCAAAGCGCGAGCGCGACCGCGCCGCCCGUGAGGCCGCCGCCGCCGCCGCUGCAGCAGCCAUGCACCCUCCUUCUCCAUCGUCGGCAGGCCCCCACCGCCGCGAGUCGGUCGCGUCCAACGACUCGGCUGGACGUUCUUCCUCCAACCAAGGAUCCAACAGCGCGGCAAGGAUCCACCAGCGCAAGAUGAUGAUGCAGCAGCAAAUGAGCCUCGGUCUCGAUGGUGCGUACUCCUCCCCCCUCCCCCCACCUCCGCUCUCCUGCGCUCCUGUGGACUGGGCUCUCGCGGCCCAUGCGCUGUACCAUCCACCCGCGGGCGUGCAUACCCGUCCUCUGUGCGCCGCUGUACCUUUUGCUCCUCUCUCCGAGAUCAAGGCAGAGGACCAGGCCACCACCCCCAAGCGCCGCUCCAUCUUCCGCUCCUCUGGCACUGCCUCGACACCCGACCUCUCCACACUGAUCCGUGGCGGCCGCAAGCAGUCCGGAAAGCAGCAGACAGCCAAGGAGGCAGCCAAGCACCCCAUGCCGACCUCGUCCUCACACCAGCCCACCUCGGGCUCGCUGUCGUCGCACCUCUCAACCUCCACGUCUUCACUAACGCCUACGCGGAAUUCGUCAAGGAGCCAUCCCUCCCCGCGUCCAGGGGACUGGGAGCAGGUGCCCGACCAGCGCGGGAUGGCCACCAUCGUCGAGGGCCCUCAGGACUAUGGGCCGCAGCGGACAGCAUCCAUGGACGACAAAAUCAAGCGCUCAAAGCCAAAGGGCAUGUUUGGACGCAUGUUCGGCUCGACGUCUUCGGAUAAGCAGCUUCACGGACCCCUCACUUCCUCUUCUCAGAUCAGUCUUGCAGCACGCUCUCAAGUCGACUUGAGUCCAGCAUCCCAGACAUCCCCACACCUCCAGUCCAACUCCCACUUCCCCUCCUCCCCGCAGUUCCCAGGAAACCCGGCUUUUACGUUUGACGCAUCAGCGCAACAACCGACCAACGGCAACAGCGUGCGGCCACCAAUCCCCCAGCGCCCGUCGGUUCCCAUUGUCCCCAGGGAGGGCCGGUCGUCCAUUGCUUCUGUACACACCAACGACGACAGCGCCGAGGUCAUUCUCGAGUCGUCGCCAAAGACUUCAAAGACUCACACGCGCAACGCAUCGAUCGCGUCUGUCGCGUCGUCUGUGGCCGCUGGACCGUCAACAAUCGUCCACGUCACGGCCUCGCGUACCGAUACCUACGAGUCGGUGCCAAGCCGGUCCGCGUCGCGCAAGCCCACGGCCGAGGGCGCGGCUUCUGCCGCCCAAGGCCAAGGCCAACCUGCACCAGCCCCAGGCGCUGCUCGCCACGCGGGUUCGUCGUUUACCGACGACGUCACUGGCCUUCUCGAACGCAUCGGGCACGGAGAACACGGCGCCCUUGGUGGGCGUGGAGCUGCCGCUGCUGCUGCUGCUGCCGCCGCCGCCGCUGGUGGAGUUGCUGUAGCAACGCAUCACGUAGCUGAACCCGAGUCGACAGAACACCUUGCCGACGCUGCUAUUUACCCGGUCACAUCCCGUCCCUCACCGUACCCGGACCACUCGCCGACUCUUCCUGCACGCAGUCCUGAAAGUCUUGGCCCCGAGCCCCUCCCCCUCCCCCUCCCCCCGGCAAGCGAACCGUACUCGUCUGCUGCUGAUAUCGCCCGCUCGCCUACGGACACUACAGAGCAGCCUCUGCCCGAGCUGCCAGUUGAGCAAGCGGCCCCCGAGUCCAAGCUCCCCGCGGUCCCAACGGACGAUCUCUCCGACGUCGACAACGCUCAGACGCCUGUGAGGGAACCUUCCAUUGUUGUUGCGAGUCCCAAGUCGCAGCAAGGCGAGUGGUCAACUGCAGCAGCUCGUAACGGAUCGACAGUGACACCCGUUACCGUUUCCGAACUCACAGCAAGCACAUCCCAGAUUGCCAUCGAGGUCACAUCUUCCCCGGACCUGUCUACCACAAACCUCAACGACAUGUCCGAGAUUGACGAGGAGCGCGGACGCCAGCUGGCGUCCGAGUUUAUCGACGGCGACAUCACCCACAUCCCGACCGACAAGGUCGCCAUGUUCCUCGGAGGGCCCCGCCAGGUUAACAGCGCCGCCCUGAGGUACUACAUGCAGUACUUUGACAUGCGCGCCGUCAAGCUCGACCAGGCAUUCCGCGAUCUCUGCGCCAAGCUCCACCUCAAGGCCGAGUCGCAGGAGAUUGACCGUAUCAUUGAGGGUUUCUCGGCCCGCUACUAUGACUGCAACCCGAGCACCGUCUUGGGCACACCUGGUGUCGUCCACACUGUCACAGGUGCCAUGCUCAUGCUCAACACCGACUUGCACAUUGCCGACCUGCAAAAGCACAUGUCGCGCCAUGACUUUGUGCGAAACUCGAUGCGCGCCAUCCAGGAGAGCAUGCCCGCCGAGCGCGAGCUGACUCCUGAUUUCACUAAAAACCCCAACGACAGCGGCAGCCUGCGCAACCUCGACCCGUCGUCGGCCAACCAGUCUACCACCAGCAUCCGGAUGCGCACACCCAGUGCCGCUACCACUCCGCGCAACGCGUCUGGCAGCCUCGCAUCGCCCGUGUCGGACCUCACCUCCAUCUCGACUCAGGACCUUCGCUCGCGCGCAACCAGCUCCACCACCGUCAACUCGUUCACCUACACCAAGGCAUGGGAGGCCGAGGCCGAAACCCUCCUCAAGGAGAUUUACACCAAUGUCCGCAACGAGCGCAUCUUGCUGCCCAUGGCGUCGCACCACCCAGACACCGACCGCCAGUCGACCGUCUCGCUCGGCGGCUUCUCCAUCAACCGCAACCAGCGCGGUGCCGGCGCCGUGGGCGUCAUGCAAGGUGCCGUCGCAGGUGCCAUUACCGGCAUGAAGCGUACCAGCCGUCCCCAGAGCAAUAACAACCCAUACAACGGCAACGCCAUGUUCAGCCACUCGGACGGCAGGCUGAGUCCCACCCCACCCUCGUACUCAAACUCGAUCGGAGACCAGUACCAGGCCUUUACCCCGGCGCUCGGGUUUGCUGGCAACCUGUCGCACACGGUUAUCAAGGAGCAAGAGGACGAGACGCACAGCAUGCGCUCCAACCCCACGACCGUGUCGCUCGAGGAGCUGACAGACGACGAGCUCGCGCUCCUCGGUGCGCCAUGGGCCAAAGAGGGUCUCCUGUCACGCAAGAUCCAGGUCGAGGCUGCUGGCAAAAAGCCCCAGAAAAAGGACUGGAAGCAGUUCUUUGUCGUCAUCCAAAAGGGCGACCUGCACAUGUUUGUGUUUGGCCAGGGUGGCAGCUCGAGCAUGGGCGGUGGCGGCGCUGUCGGCGGCGGAAACUGGAUGUCCAACGCAAAGACGUCGGGCGAGUACAGCCUCAUGCACGCCAUGGCCAUGGCCCUCCCCAAGCCCGGGUACUCGGCAUCCAGGCCAUACUGUUUCACGGUCACUUUCCCGUCGGGCGAGAUCAGCGUCUUCCAAGCAGGGACAGAAGAGCUCGUCGCCGAAUGGGUGGCGACGUGCAACUACUGGGCGGCCCGGAAGAGUCGCCAGCCCCUGGUCGGCGGCGUGUCCAACAUGGAAUACGGGUGGAACCGCGCCGCCCACAUUGACGACGAGCAGCACGACGACCACCACGACCGCGCCAGUGUGCGGUCAGCACGUACGCGGCUCGGCGCCAUCAACCGCGUGCGCAACGCCGCGUCCAACCUCGACAAGCUGCAGGUCAACGAGUGGAAGCCCCCACCCCACGCGACCAUGCCCUCGACGCUCGACGAGGAGGCCCAGCUCGAGAGCCUCGCGACGUACGUCCAGAGCCUCAAGGAGGAGCUCAACCAGCACAAGUCGGUCGAGGAACCCAUGACACGCCUGUACUCGCCCGGAUCCAAGAACGCCGUGCGCGCACGCGACAACUGGACCGCCAAGUCGCGCUACAUCCACUCGGAGAUCUUCAAGUACGAGACGUUUGUCGAGGCGCUGCGCAACGCCAUCCAGCUCCGCGUCCAGCGCCAGGGGGAGAAGAAGCUCGAGCGCUCGCUCGCGCGCUCCAACGUGUCCCUCCACCACGAGCACAAGCGCCAGGGCGGCGCAGCGGGCACAACACCCGAUGGCGUGAGCGAUAGCGAUGGGAACGGGUACGUCACCGGCGAGGAUGGGCGCGCGACCCCGGCGCGAUAG